AGAAGAAAAAAGAAAAAGAUCACUUCCUGAGAUUUGAGCACCACUGAGAGUUUCAGAACUGCAGAUCACUCUCUACUCUGAUUCACCACCUCUACUCUUGUCUCUCUACGGUGAUGGCCCACAGCAGUUCGGUUCUGUAAAAUCGUUUUUUCGUAGUUCAUAUAAUGAAAAUGGAAUUACAAUCACUGCAGUCUUCUUUGAUUCCAAAUCAUUUCUCACGUAAAUCUGCUCCCAAGACGUGUCUUCGGUGCCGGAAAGACAAAUUGAAUGUCGGAAUUCCUAGUAAAGCCUUUGCAAAUGCUGGGAAAAACGUGAACCCUUUUGUAAUCUUGAACAAUGCGAGUGAAAGGGUUGAUGCGGAGACCGCGGUGGUGGUCGAGAAGCCUCCCGCGAGGGCCCGUCGUUUCGAGGUGUUCUCCGGUCAGCCGACGCCGUUUGGUGCCACGGCAAGAGACGGUGGUGUCAACUUCGCGGUUUCUUCCGGCAAUGCCUCGUCGGCUACUCUUUGCUUGAUCAAUCUUUCGGACUUACCAGAGAAAAGAGUGACUGAGCAGAUUGCUCUCGAUCCAACUAAUAAUAGAACAGGAGAUGUCUGGCACGUGUUUCUGAAAGGUGACUUUGAAGAUAUGGUUUAUGGCUACAGAUUUGAUGGGAGCUUCUCUCCGGAAGAUGGCCUCUAUUUUGAUUCUUCUAAAAUAUUGAUUGACCCUUAUGCAAAGGCUGUUGUCAGCAGAGGGGAAUACGGUGCUUUAGGACCUGACGAAGAGUGUUGGCCUCAGAUGGCAUGUGUGGUGCCUUCUAUUAAUGAUGAGUUUGAUUGGGAAGGAGAUUUACCCCUAAAAUUCCCACAAAGGGAUCUGGUUAUUUAUGAAAUGCAUGUUCGUGGAUUUACAAGACAUGAGUCAAGCAACUCAAAAUUUCCUGGCACUUACCGUGGGUUGGUGGAGAAACUUGAUCAUUUGAAGAAACUUGGUAUCAACUGCAUUGAACUAAUGCCAUGUCAUGAAUUCAAUGAAUUGGAGUACUACAGCUAUAACUCUGUCUUGGGCGACUACAAGGUGAACUUUUGGGGCUAUUCUACAAUCAAUUACUUUUCACCAAUGGCAAGAUAUUCUUCUGCUGGAGUUGGUAAAUACGGCCUUGGUGCAGUAAAUGAAUUUAAGUACCUUGUUAGGGAAGCACAUAAACGUGGAAUUGAGGUGAUUAUGGAUGUUGUUUUUAAUCACACUGCUGAAGGGAAUGAGAAUGGUCCCAUAUUAUCAUUUAGAGGUCUUGACAAUAGUGUCUUUUACAUGCUUGCGCCAAAGGGUGAAUUCUACAAUUAUUCAGGUUGUGGGAACACCUUCAAUUGCAAUCAUCCCAUUGUACGGCAAUUUAUUCUGGAUUGCUUGAGAUACUGGGUGACAGAAAUGCAUGUUGAUGGCUUUCGGUUUGAUCUUGCAUCUAUCUUGACAAGGAGUAGCAGUCUCUGGGAUGCUGUGAAUGUAUAUGGAGAUGCAAUUGAAGGUGAGGCAAUCACGAUUGGAACUCCUCUCAGUAGCCCCCCAUUGAUUGACAUGAUCAGCAAUGACCCUAUACUCCAUGGAGUUAAGCUUAUAGCGGAAGCAUGGGACUGUGGAGGUCUUUAUCAAGUUGGCAUUUUUCCCCAUUGGGGUAUUUGGUCAGAAUGGAAUGGGAAGUACCGGGAUAUUGUAAGGCAAUUUAUCAAGGGUACCGAUGGGUUUGCUGGGGCUUUUGCCGAAUGUCUAUGUGGAAGUCCUAAUUUAUACCAGGAAGGUGGAAGGAAACCUUGGAACAGUAUCAAUUUUGUUUGCGCUCAUGAUGGUUUUACUUUGGCUGAUCUAGUGACAUAUAAUAGCAAGCACAAUUUAGCUAAUGGUGAAGACAACAAAGAUGGUGAGAAUCACAAUAAUAGUUGGAAUUGUGGCCAGGAGGGAGAGUUUGCAAGUAUUUCUGUGAAGAAAUUGAGAAGACGACAAAUGAGAAACUUUUUCUUGUGUCUAAUGGUUUCCCAAGGUGUCCCAAUGAUCUAUAUGGGGGACGAAUAUGGCCACACAAAAGGAGGAAAUAACAACACAUAUUGCCAUGAUAAUUUUGUAAUCCUCUACUCCAAAGCAAUAUUGCAUUAUAUACUCACUCUUUUCAUUAUAGAUCUUGCUGUCUCCCUUUUCAUUUUAAAUGAACUUCCACUUUAUUUGCAGAUAAACUACUUUCGGUGGGAUAAGAUGGAGGAGGCCGAGUCAGAUUUCUUCAGAUAUUGCUGCCUCAUGACCAAGUUCCGCCACGAAUGUGAAUCUCUUGGCUUAAACGAUUUCCCCACAGCAGAGAGACUGCAAUGGCAUGGCCAUACUCCAGCUACGCCAGAUUGGUCUGAUACAAGCCGAUUUGUAGCAUUCACACUGAUUGACUCAGUGAAGGGGGAGCUAUAUAUAGCGUUCAAUGCUAGUCAUAUAGGUGUGACUGUCGCAUUGCCUGAGCGUCCGGGUUAUAGGUGGGAGCCGUUGGUGGACACCAGCAAGGCGGCACCGUAUGAUUUUCUCUCGGAUGAUCUUGCAGACAGAGACACAGCAGUAAGACAGUAUGCUCAUUUUCUUGACAGCAAUUUGUACCCCAUGCUUAGCUAUUCUUCAAUUAUUCUUUCACUCUCCCCGGAUGACAAUAUAUAGUUGAGCUUUGGUAUCAAA